GGCGGCGCGCCUCCCGCACUGCGGCACUGGGCUGACUGGACAGCGCGCGUGGCCAGCGGUCGAGCGGGUUGAGCUGCUGCUUCCCUAGCCCUUGCCUGGGCGCAGGGAGCCGCUUCGCGUCGUCCGGCUGUCUCUCCUCUCCCUUGUUACCUUCAAAGUAAUCUUCUGGCUGCCUUAGAACUAAAAUUAACACUCAUAACCUAGAGAAGUGAGUGGCACAUGGAGAUUCAGAGGGCAGUGUUAGUUUAGAGGUAGAGAAGCAGGAAAAGCCAAAUAAACGCUACCUAAAUCACAAAGAAAUGGAGCAAGAGACUCCAGAGAAGGCGGACUCUGCAGGGGAGAAGGUCAGAGGCAAGUCCCAGCCAGCAGAUGACUCGGAGGACGGCCGAGAAAAGGCUGGGACAGAAGGGACGGGAGAACUGACCGAAGCCUAUGAGCUGCAGGUAGCUGAAGAAAUGGCAAAAGAGAUCAAGAAGAAAAUAAGAAGGAAGCUAAAGGAGCAGCUGACCUACUUUCCUCCAGACACUGUGCUGCAUGAUGACAAGCUGGGCAGUGAAAAAAGGAAGAAGAAGAAGAAGAAUAAAGUCCCAGGGCCAGCUAAGCCUGAGACGAGUCCCUCAGAUGUCUGUGACAGUGCAGCUGAAGGUGAGCAAAAGAAAGAAGGCGCCCCUGAGGGAUCUCACCACAUGGAGGGAGGAUGCUCAACAGAACAGAAUGCAGAUGCCAGUGUACCAGAGAACACAAAGCUCAAAUCCAAAAAGACGAAGAAGAAGCCUAAAGCAGUUUCAGAGGAUAAUGAAGAGACUAAUGGAGAUGGUGUUCAUGAGAUAACAGGCCGAGACAGUCCAGUUCAUCCCAAGUGUUUGCUCGAUGACGACCUCGUCAUGGGAGUCUACAUUCACCGAACCGAUCGGCUUAAAUCUGACUUUAUGAUUUCUCACCCAAUGGUAAAGAUCCAUGUGGUUGAUGAACACACUGGCCAGUACGUCAAGAAAGAUGACAGUGAGCGUCCCGUUUCAUCUUACUAUGAGAAAGACAACGUGGACUAUAUUCUCCCUAUUAUGACGCAGCCAUAUGACUUUAAAAAGCUAAAGUCAAGGCUUCCAGAGUGGGAGGAACAAGUUAUUUUUAAUGAAAAUUUUCCCUAUUUGCUUCGAGAGUUUGAUGAGUGCCCAAAAGUCAUUCUGUUCUUUGAGAUUCUUGACUUUUUAAGCAUGGAUGAAAUCAAGAAUAACUCUGAGUUUCAAAACCAAGAAUGUGGCUUUCGGAAAAUUGCCUGGGCAUUUCUUAAGCUCCUGGGAGCCAAUGGAAAUGCAAACAUCAACUCAAAACUUCGUCUGCAGCUCUACUACCCACCUACUAAGCCUCGAUCCCAGCCAAAUGUUGUUGAGGUUUUUGAGUGGUGGUCCAAGUGUCCAAGGAAUCGUUACCCAUCAACACUGUAUGUAACCGUACGAGGGUUGAAAGUCCCGGACUGCAUAAAGCCAUCGUACCGCUCUAUGAUGGCUCUCCAGGAGGAAAGGGGUACACCAGUGUACUGUGAACGCCACCGUGAAACAAGUUCUGUGGACACAGAACCUGGACUAGAAGAUUCAAAGGAGGAAGUAAAGUGGAAACGUCUGCCCGGCCAGGCCUGUCGUAUCCCAAACAAGCAUCUCUUCUCACUAAAUGCUGGAGAGCGAGGGUGUUUUUGCCUUGAUUUCUCCCACAAUGGAAGGAUAUUAGCAGCAGCCUGUGCCAGCCGAGACGGAUAUCCGAUUAUACUAUACGAAAUUCCUUCUGGACGUUUCAUGAGAGAAUUGUGUGGCCACCUCAAUAUCAUUUAUGAUCUCGACUGGUCAAAAGACGAUCGCUAUCUUGUUACUUCAUCAUCUGAUGGCACUGCCAGGGUUUGGAAGAAUGAAAUCAACAGCACAAGCACGUUCAGAGUCUUACCUCACCCUUCCUUCGUCUACACGGCUAGAUUCCACCCCGCCACACGAGAGCUGGUAGUUACGGGAUGCUAUGACUCUAUGAUUCGGAUAUGGAAGGUGGAUGCGAGGGAGGAUGCCGCCAUCUUAGUGCGCCAGUUGGAUGUCCACAAGAGCUUCGUCAACUCCAUCUGUUUUGAUGAUGAAGGUCACCACAUGUACUCAGGAGACUGCAUCGGCGUCAUCGCUGUGUGGGACACGUAUGUCAAAGUGACUGAUGUGCAGCACUCUGUGCGCCACUGGACAAUAAACAAGGAAAUUAAGGAAACUGAAUUCAGGGGAGUUCCAGUCAGUUACCUGGAGGUGCAUCCCAACGGAAAGCGUUUAUUAAUCCACACCAAAGACAGUACAUUGAGGAUCAUGGAUCUGCGGAUAUUGGCAGCCAGGAAAUUUGUGGGCGCAGCAAAUUACCGGGAGAAGAUCCACAGCACUUUGACACCGUGUGGGACUCUGCUCUUUUCUGGCAGUGAGGAUGGGAUAGUGUACGUUUGGAACCCAGAGACAGGAGAACAAGUGGCAAUGUAUUCUGAGCUGCCGUUCAAGUCAACUAUCCGAGACAUCUCUUACCAUCCAUUUGAGAACAUGGUUGCGUUUUGUGCCUUUGGACAGAGCGAGCCCAUUCUUCUUUACAUUUAUGAUUUCCAGGUGGCCCAGCAGGAGGCUGAAAUGUUGAAGCGCUACAGUGGGACACUCCCGCUGCCUGGGAUCCAUCAGAGUGAGGAUGCUCUAUGCACCUGCCCUAAACUGCCCCAGCAGGGCUCUUUCCAGAUCGAUGAAUUUGUCAACACUGAAAAUAAUUCAUCAAGAAAGAUUCAGCUUGUGAAACAGAGACUCGAAACUGUCACAGAGGUGAUACGAUCCUGUGCUGCAAAAGUCAACAAAAAUCUCUCAAUCACUUCACCACCACCAGGCCCUGCAAAGAAGCCAAGGGUGAAACAGUCAUUUGUGCUGACCACCGAUCAGAUCAUACAUCAGUUUGGAGUCCCUCAGACGGCAUUUAUCAGCAUAGAAAGAAGGCCUUUUAUGCGUCCAGUGGAUCCGCCACCAAUGGUAGUGGCUCUUUAUGACUACACAGCGAGCCGAUCAGAUGAACUAACCAUCCAUCGCGGAGACAUUAUCCGAGUGUUCUUCAAAGAUAACGAAGACUGGUGGUACGGCAGCUUAGGAAAGGGGCAGGAAGGGUUCUUUCCAGCUAAUCAUGUGGCCAGUGAGACACUGUACCGAGACUCGCCCCCAAAGGUAAAGGAGCGGUCCCCUCCUUUAACUCCCAAGGAGAAAACUAAAAUGGAAAAGCCUCCAGCUUCUCGAAAGCAGUCACUCAUUAAGGACAGGUUCCUGGAUUCCAGGCUGGGCUCGAAGCCUAUGGGACAUUCUGAAAAGGGCAGAGAUCAGAACUUCGAGGAGCGAGGACACAAAUCGGAUAUGGAGAUGAAGAAAAGUGAGCCAACGGUCCGCAAAGUCACCCUGAUAGAGUAAAAAGCCGGGGAAGAAAGAAGAAACAGCCUGAGGUCGGCACGUGAAAUGGAAAGCUACACCAGAUGGAUUUCUUUUUGGAUUUUGAGUGAAAACAAGGCAGUAUUUAUUGACCAUAUGAAAAAUCUGAAGUGAAGUUAGUUCUAAAAAAAAAAAUUUACUGUUGCCCUUGGGCUUUAUUGUUAUAACCAUUGUGAGUGUUAUUAGUCAAAGUAUUGUACUUGUGCUAUUAGUGACUACAUCAAAAUUAUAUUGCUGCUGCUGGAAAAGCCAAUAAAGAAACCCCCAGAACUGCUCCUCAGCAAAUGUGAACAACAGUGUGCACAGUGUUAGUCAUUCACUAGGCCAUCAUCCCGUGUGGCUGUGACGUGGCCGUAGGCCAUCAUCCCGUGUGGCCGUGACGUGGCCGUGCUGUAGGCCAUCAUCCCGUGUGGCUGUGACGUGGCCGUAGGCCAUCAUCCCGUGUGGCCGUGACGUGGUUGUAGGCAGGGUGCUCUGCUCAGAAUACAGAGAAUCUGCCUUUGAAGUUAACUGUGUGUAAAACACAAACACGUAGCUUCUGGAUAUCGUGUAUUCAAACAGCCCCAGUAACAAAAGCAUUUAAAGAAACAAUGUGCUUUUAAGAACUAAAUGUUUCUGUUGCCCUUGAGUGAAUUAAUAUGUGUAACUCAACACACCUAAACUAAGGAUGAUUUUGGCUGGACUGGCAACACUGUACCAAAUUUAUUUUUAUUUUUUAAACAGAGUUCAAUCAUAUUUAAGAAUAUAAGUAAUUUAUGGAUAUAAACUGCUUAAUGUUUAUUUUCAUCUGAAUAUUUAUCUUUAAAUUAUUACACAGCAGUAUUUAUGUCUUUAUUUGCAGAACAGCAAUGCCAUUACCAUGUGGCCAUAUGCUGCAGUUGGGUGUAACAGUGACUUCGUCCACCUUGGUUUUCUCUUGACUCUUUCCUUUCUUCACCUGCAUGAUAAGUCUGUCAGGAAAGCAUUUAACCCCAACAAGGAAGGUCAGACUGAGGUAAAGUCAGAAAAACGUAUUUACUGAAGUAGACAAUUGAUGUCAUUGAAAUUAGAAGUGAGAGACGCCGUGUUGAGCGCUGAGGUGUAGACUUGUCCAGAUGCACCAGAGUGAAGUGACUGCCAGUACAAGUGUGUUUGCCUCUUACCCCUGCACAUGUUGUAGAAGCUUAAAAACGGUAGACACGAUCCUGCUGUGGAGACCCUUUUAGUGUUGUUGUUAUGACUAAAGGAGAUUUCCACCACAUCUAGGGUGGCAUGGAAAACUGCUGGAGCCCACAGCCCUCGGCACCAGAGUGUCUCCUACCAGUGCCAGGGGCAUUGCUGUGCCCGUGCGUGUGCGUGCCCGGGGCAGCAGGGCCAGGCAGCUCAGUCCCUCUGAACAUGUUUUGUUUCUGUCUUGUGAAUGUGCUGUUGAGACAAUUAAAAAUAAAGGUGUGUCCUACCACU